AUGUGUAAAGGCAAGAAAGACCACAAAGAAAGACGCACAGCCGAAAACGGCGAGAAGCAAUAUGCUGCCCUGUACUCGAAGCUAUUUAUCGCUUGUCAAAGCAGAGAUGGAGACCUCAACCAAUUUUUCUCCCACGAAAACCAAGGAGCACCUCCUAGCCUUUCAGAGAAUGGAAAUUUAAGACCAGCAAAGAACAAGUCGGGUAUUUAUUUUUUUCUCAAUGAAUUGAUAUGAUCGAACAUAGCCUUGUGAUAUGAUAACACACAUCGGUAAACACGUCCAAAGUUAUAUAUAUAUAUGUAUAUAUAACCACUAUUCAUUUAUUUGCAGGUAUUAUAGCGUCCAUUUUGGACGUGGAACACACAGAACGCAAUGAAUCGCCAGCGGUUGAUGCAAAAGUGCUUGACGGACUGGCGAUUGUAAAUAUGCUGAAGCCAAAUGACUGCAAGACAUUCGCAGACUACAUCUCAAGUGUCAUCCAGCCUUACAUCAAGCUUCAUCUGAGGUCAGCCACACAAAUAGAUUUGGUGUUUGAUAGGUACUUUAAAGAUAGUUUAAAGUUUGGUACAUGAUCAAACCAAGGUUCCGGUGUGAGAAGGCUCGUGAAACCAAAUGGGAGUAUGCAAAACAAUUGGUCAACGUUCCUCCGGUAUGACGAAAACAAGACAGAACUGUUUCCGCUAAUUGUCAAAUCAUUGACCGAGAACAUUAACUGCGCUCAUGGAGUUUUCGUUGGGACUGUCGAAGAUGGGGCGGUUUCAAACCAAGCUGAUGUCGAUCUUGAGCCAUUGAUGCCAUGCAACAUCGAAGAGGCAGAUGAGCGUAUGUUUGUGCAUGUCAGAAAUGCUGCUGAAGAAUGUUCCCGUAUUCUGGUCAAGACCGUGGAUAGUGAUGAUGUUGUGAUUGCUCUUUCAGCUUUCCACAAAAUACCCGGCCUCCAGGAGUUGUGGCUCGUGUUUGGAGUCCGGAAGCAUUUGAGGUUCAUACCAAUUCACGAGAUUGCCAAUUCCCUCGGACCCCAGACCUCCACUGCUUACCUCUUCUUCCACUUGUUUAGUGGCUGCGAUACCACCUCAUCACUCCAUGGAAAGGGUAAGAAGUCGUUUAUUGACACCUGGAAGAAGAUGGCCAGUGCAACACCUGUAUUCGAGAAAAUGGCAACGUCUCCGAGAGAUAUAAGUCAAGCCGACAGAGACAUUAUCGAACAAUUUGUUGUAAUCAUCCCUUACAAUUUUCUCCAGCUAAUAGUGAAUACCAAAAUCUGA